AUGGCGAUGCACAGAGUUAGAUCAGUGUUUGCCCUUUCCAAAUGCAAAUCCAAAUUGAGCUUUUCUUUCUUCCAUUUAACUUCAACUCGCUGUUUCUCUUCAUCGAAACUCCCAUCUCUGUUAGACAGGGUUGGAUUCAUUGGACUAGGAAACAUGGGAUCGCGAAUGGCUAGUAACUUGAUUAAAGCAGGAUACAGUGUCACCAUUCAUGAUGUCAAUCCUAAUGUAAUGAAGAUGUUCUCAGAAAAGGGAAUUCUCACAAAAGAAUCACCUUCUGAAGUUGCAGAAACAAGUGAUGUUGUAAUUACGAUGUUGCCUUCACCAAUUCAUGUAUUGGAUGUUUACACUGGACCAAAUGGUUUGCUUCAUUGCGGAAGCGGAGAUCCUUUAAGGCCGUGGUUAUUUAUAGAUUCAUCUACCAUUGAUCCUCAAACAUCAAGAAAACUUUCUGUGGCUGUAUCUAAUUGUGCUUUGAAAGCAAAGAAAGUGGCAUGGCAUAAAGUAUGUGCUCUGGUGGAAGAAGGUGGCCUUGGUGUGAGGGAUUUCUUUACCCUCAAUCAAGGCUGCUCUUCUAUGGGGAUGGAUGAGCAUUGUUUUUGGCCAAAACUUUGUGGGAAACUCCCACUUGAGUUGUUGGCUUUCUUGAAAUCAUGGAGUUUCAGUUCUCAGCUCAAGGAAUUGGCGCUAAGCACGAUGGCGAACUGUAUUAGCGUUAUCUGGAAAUCACAAAAUGAUUGUCGAUUCAAUGACAUUCCUCCAUCACUCAUUUCAGUUAAGUGUUUUAUUCUUUCUCUUACAUGGGAAUCUACAAUUCUGGUGUUUGGGACCAUGUUUAACAUGGUGGAGGAGCUUGGAAUACUUAUAAAGAUGGAUAUCAAAGGACGUCGAUGA